GGCUACUUCUGGUAGUGAAGGACCAUCAUUUAUUUUGGAACCAGCCAAUCAGGUGAGGUUUUACAACACAUCUGGAGUAGUCAUUCCGUGUUCAGCAACCGGAAAUCCAAUACCAAUUGUAUACUGGACAGAUGGAUUUGGGAAUCGCCUGGAGGAUAUACCUGGCUUAAGACACAUUCGUUCUGAUGGAUCGCUGAUAUUUUCGUCAUUUCCUGUCGACAAAUAUCAGCAAACUGUACAUUCAGCCUUAUAUUGGUGUGUUGCUUCAAACAAAGUUGGAGCGAUUAGAAGUAGAGACGUGCACGUGCAAGCAGUCAUCUACCAGGAGUUCGAAGUUCAAGUCUACAACAGAGAUGUUAUACGCGGAAAUACUGGAAUCCUCAGGUGCCACUUUCCAAAUUACCUAAGAGAUUACAUCAUGGUUACGUCAUGGGCACGUGAUGACGGUCAUGUGAUCCUUCCAUUGCGAUCUCAUGAUCCAGAUUCUAAGUACGUAUUCUUUUCUAGCGGUGAACUCCACAUUCGAAACGUUCAAAAUUCGGACUCUGACAAAAAUUACAAGUGUCACGUGACAGACCGUCUAACAGAUCGCAGCAUUAGCAGCGCCACCUCGGGAAGAUUGAUUGUAAGAGAGCCUCAUACCAGUCAGGCUCCAAGGUUUGUCCACUUUCAUAAAAAUAUUCAAACAAGAGAGGAAUCAACUGUCCAUCUACCUUGCCUGGCCCAAGGCUAUCCUACACCUCGUUAUGCAUGGUACUUUUCGAACAAUGGUCGAAUGACUGUUGUUGACAGUGAUAAACGCAUUGUCCAAGUUGAUGGAACACUGAUUAUUCGACGAGUGACCAUUCGAGAUGCUGGUACCUAUUUUUGUAUGGUUAGUAAUGACGUUGGUCAAGAAAGAGGCGAAGUUAAACUGGAUGUUAUAGUGGAACUCAAAGUAGCUGUCCACCCUAUGUAUCAAGAAGUCAAUUCAGGAAAUCCAGCUGUGAUAAACUGCUCUGUACAAGGAUACCCGAUACACUCGGUAAGCUGGUGGAAAGACAAGCGCCCUCUAAAAGCUGAUGGAAGAAUUAUGUUUCCGAGUCCAGAGAGCUUAUAUAUCCAUCCGUCAAGACGGGAAGACGGUGGUAUGUACCAGUGUUAUGUAAAAAACGACGAAGAGUCAGUUCAAGGGGCCGCAAGACUUAUCAUUUCAGCUCAACCCCCUACGUUGACGUCACAUUUCUACAGUAUGGUUGUUGAUCCUGGAUCACAAGUUUCUUUGAGUUGCACAGCAGUAGGAAACCCCUUACCCCAGGUAACAUGGUCUACUUAUCUCGAGCCUAUUCAGGAUAGUAACAAAAUUCGGAUUGGAGAUUACGUUAGCAGAGACGGAGCUGUUAUCAGCUUUGUUAACUUUACUGGAAUUGAAAUUAUUGAUGGCGGUGUUUACCAGUGUACAGCAGCGAAUAAUAAUGGUAUUGCAACUCAUCAAGCACAAGUCAGUGUUGUUGGCCCGCCUGUGAUUCGUCAAAUGAAGAAUAAAACUGUGGUGGGAGGAAACAAUGUAAUGAUCAACUGUCCUGUUGGAGGCUACCCUAUCAAACAAAUCACAUGGGAAAAAGAUACCAGGGAACUGCCACUAGGAAGGAGACACCGCUUGUUUCCUAACGGCACGCUGACGAUCAGCAACAUCGGACGGCUUGAAGAUCAGGGGAAGUACUUAUGUAAAGCUGAAGGAGAAGACGGAGGAACAGCGGAACAAGAACUUUAUUUGAAAGUUUUGGUGCCACCUAUAAUAACACCAUUUUCCUUCCCUGAUACGCCACGAGAGGGAAUUCGAGCCAGUGUGACGUGCAUCGUUCAAGAAGGUGAUCCGCCGAUUGAACUCACUUGGUUAAAGGAUGGAGCAGCUCUUGAGUCUGACGGGAACCUUUCGGUGGAACACACGAAUAUGUUUAUGUCUUCUUUAGUCUUCGAAAAGCUGACACCAGAACACAGCGCUAAUUACACAUGCGUAGCAUCAAACGUAGCAACAUCUGUGAAUUACUCUGCUUCCUUGGUCGUGAAUUCGCCCCCUCGUUGGAAAAUUGAACCAAAAGACACAUCUGUUGUCAUCGGAAGUUCAGUUAUGUUACAUUGCCAGGCCGAAGGAAAACCGGAACCUCGUGUAACAUGGAAAAAAUCAACAGGUCAGCUGUCAGCCCAAUAUAAUACUAUUAUUAGCGGCGCCAGAAUCCAGACUUUAGUCAACGGUUCUUUAGCCAUUCAUCAAGUAGCGAAGGAGGAUCAAAGCAAAUACGUGUGUGAGGCCAGCAAUGGUGUAGGUUCUUCAAUAAGCACCAUUCUUGAAAUUAAAGUUCACGCACCACCUAGCUUUCAAGUGAAGUUUUCAUCACUCGCGGUGAAAGAAGGAAGUGACGUUAGCCUUACUUGUGACUCUCAUGGUGAUAGACCAGUAGUAUUUGCAUGGUUUAAAAAUCACCAACAAAUCCAAAUAGAACGUCAACAAAGAUAUGUACUUGACACUACAUCUAUUGGGGAAGUUACGAAAUCCGAGCUCACGAUCUUCUCAGCUAAUAGGGCUGACUCUGGAAACUACAGGUGUCAAGCCAAAAACAUCUGGGGCAGUGAUGACCGAAGUCUUCAGCUACAAGUCCUCGGUAUUCCUGACUCACCCCGGAAAAUACAAAUGAAGAAAAUCGAAGCACGAAGUAUUACGUUAGCUUGGUCUGAGCCUUUUGAUGGGAAUAGACCUAUCCGUAAAUAUAUUGUUCAUUAUAAAGAAGAGAAUGACAUUGAGAACCAAGUGGAAGAACUAGUUCUUGAGUCAGACCAAAGAGAGGUUACGAUCCGGGACUUGCAACCAAUGACUCGCUAUCACUUCAUUUUAUUUGCUGAGAAUGAUCUUGGAAGGAGUCAACCAAGUGAAGUUGUUUCCGCUUCAACAGAGGAAGAGGCACCAAAAGACCCUCCAGAAAAUGUUGAAGCUGUAGCAACAAGUUCCCACAGUCUACGGGUGUCAUGGAAGAAUUUUGCUUUGAGAGUUGAACAGCAAAGAAUCAAAGGCUAUUACAUUGGAUAUCGAAUCUACGGCUCUGAUGAAUCCUUCAUCUACAAGACCGUGGAGCAAGAGAAUAACAAGGAGGAGUUGGAUGGACUACUUCCAGGCAGAACGUAUGAAGUUGUUGUUCAGGCUUUUAACAGGAAGGGAGCUGGCCCUAUGAGUAAGGAGAUCCUUGCACAGACUUUUGAGUUUGACCCACCAAAAGCUGUCAUUGCUACUGUAAAGUCAACUACGUCAUCGUCGGUUCAGCUUCAUUGGACGAGAGCAAGGGAUGAUACCCACCCUGUGACAGGUUAUGUGAUCCACUACCGACCUGAAGAUAAGACUACGUGGUCUGAGAGUCAGGUGUCUGGGGAUAAGAAUACUUACUCCGUAACAGAUUUGCAAUGUGGAAAAACCUAUCAGUUUUUUGUGACUGCUUUAAACACAAUGGGAAGAGGAGCUCCUAGUGAUACUGUGUCUGCUACAACUGAAGGUGCAGCUCCAGUGGCGCCAUCACGGUACGACCUCAUCUCUUUAAAUUCUACAACUAUUACGUUUAACUUGGGCAGUUGGGGAGACGGAGGUUGUCCAAUACAAUACUUUCAGCUUCAAUAUAGGGUUCAAGGUCAAAGAGAAUGGACAGUAAUUGGUACGAAGCUCUAUCCUGAGCAGCAGAUAGUGGCUAUCACUGACCUGAAACCUGGAACGUGGUAUUCCGUUCUUAUGAGUGCUGUUAAUAGCGUAAGCGUCGUAGAAGAAGAAUACAGGGUAGCGACUCUGACGCUUUCUGGUGCUACUGUGGUUCCCCCUGGCGAUUCUAGUCCAAGGAGCAGGUAUCGAAGCCUAUAUAUAAUCGUUCCUGUAUGCUGUGCUGCUGUUGUUCUAAUCGCUAUCACCCUAGCCGUUUUCUUUGUUCUUUGUCGUCGUCGAAGUUCAGCAUCUUCCAGCGCUUACGAUGGUGGUCGGAGCUUAGAAGAUACCAAGGGUGACAUGAUUGCAAUGCCAGAUCUUGAGAAACAGUAUGGUGAUACUAGUGAGUCAGCUUACUUUCCUUCUCCCUACGCCACUACUCGCGUUCCUGUCUUUUCUCGUGAAAUGAUGCCACGAGAGGGUGCCCCAGGAUCUCGUAGUCUUGUUCGAUCUUCCACCAGAGGGCAUGAAAACAACUAUGACGUUCCACAACCGAGGAGAACUAAAUGCAAAGCUUUACUUGAUCAAACCUCAGAACCCAGAGGAGGAAGUGACGUUAGUUCAGAUUGUGAGAGCGUCACCGAUCGUCUUGACGGCUACGAGCAACCACGAAAAUCCUUCAGACCCAAAAGCCAGGAUCACUGUAUAUAUCCCAACAGUUCUUUUAAAGAAUCAACACCAAGUUACGGAGUAAGGAGUGAUUACAUCCAUGACUUCAUAUAUAGUCCUAUACAUCUAGCAUCAUCAUCAGUAGUUCAUGACGGUCUGGAACCCUCGGACACGGAAUGUGAUAGAGACUUAACCGACAACAAGGGAUUAGUGGUGAAACAAAAAGCCGGCUCUCAAAGUUCUCCCCAUCAGAAAGUGCUUUUCUGUAGAUGACAGCAUACAAAAUGUUUGUCUCAUCAGUUCCAUCUAAAUUUUAAGGUUUAUUUGAUAAAUGUAUAUUAAUGUUCUGUGAUAAUAUUAUUAAUAUUAUGAUAGAUUACAUUUAAUGUAACUUAAAAAGUUUUUGUUUUUCUCUACUUGUAUUAUGACUAUACAAUAACCAUAAUAAAACUUGUUAUAAGUUUAUAACAUGUUCUAAAUGUUUCCAUAUGUUAUAUAACAAAAAGAGUUGACUACAAGUCUUGAAAAUCUGUCUAGUUAAAAAUUAAUUAAAAUGUCCAGGAGAUCUCAAUAAUCUUCUUUCUUCAAAAUCUACAACGAUUUAUUAUCUUAGUUGUAAUUUCGGAUGUGUAGUUUGUUUUUUUUAUUCUGAAAUAAUUUCAAAACCAAAUGUUUAUUUAGAUCUAGUCUCCUCAUUUGUUAUUUGCGCAAUCGUAUUUUCAAACUAUUAAAAGUAAAAUUCACAAACUUUAUUACAGAUAUAAUCUAAAUACAGUAGCUAAUUUCUGAUUUCACUAAUCUUGCGAAUAUUCUGGACAUUUCUCCAAGCAGACCAAUCAUAUUCGUCAAUAUUAUUCAGGGCUAUUUAAAAAUUGUUGUAUUGCAUUUGUUGCAUCCAAAAUGGUUUAUAUUUAUGUAUCUAAAGGACAUCACUUUAUAAAUCGUAUUGUUAUCGUCAGCAGCACCGUUUUUCAGAUUAUGUUUAUAUUACUUUUGUAUGUGAUGAUAAUAAAAUUUUUUUUUUUUUGCUUUAA